CGAAAAGAAAGAACGAAUUUUGCCAUAAUGAAGGAGGAGGUGGAAGAACACGGCGGCGGAACCAAAGAGAAGAGCGGUGGUCGUGUAGCUGGAAUUGGUGGUUACGUUGACACUUCAAAAGCUCUUAAUCCAAUUUGGUUGAUGAAAUGUCCUCCAGUUGUUGCUCAAUCCCUUGGUGCCCUACCUUCUUCCUCCGACCCUUCUCUUCCCAGCGCUAAAGUCAUUGUUUCCAUUGAUCCUCUCAACUCUAACGAUGAUGCUCAGUUUACAAUGGAGUUGGGUGGAAAUGAAGGUGGAAAUGCAUCGAGAUGUUUUGCUAUGGAUAUGUCUAAAGACUUCAUUCCCAUGACUGUCUUUUCUGACUCAACAACACAAGGAAAGGUAGCUGUGGAGGGAAAAAUAGUGAACAAGUUUGACAUGAGGCCACAUAAUCAAAACCUUGAACUCUAUGGGAAACUUUGUCGUGAAAGGACAAAAAAAUAUACUGUCAAAAAUAGACAGAUACAGGUUAUCGACAAUGAUACUGGACUUAAUAUGAGGCCAAUGCCAGGGAUGGUCAGUUUUUCGGUUGCUGGACCUCCUGAAAAGAAGAAACCUGCUGGGCGAGGAACAGAAACUAAGAGAACAAGAAGAGACCGUGGAGAAAUGGAAGAGAUCAUAUUUAAGCUAUUUGAAAGGCAGCCAAAUUGGAGUUUAAGAAACCUCAUACAAGAAACUGACCAACCUGAGCAAUUUCUGAAAGAUAUAUUGAAAGAUCUUUGUGUCUACAAUAACAAAGGAACUAAUCAAGGAACCUAUGAACUGAAGCCUGAAUACAGAAAAUCCGGCGAUUAGCUUCAAAUAUUUAUGUUCAUCUCUCUCUUCACCUAGUAUAUACAGUAUAAAUCAAAUCAUUUUUCCAUUUACUUUCUAUCCAGUUGCAAAAUGGAGAAACAUGCAUCCUGUUUGUGGUCUAUGGAUUUUCAAUGACUGGCUAUAUAUUAUAAGGUUUGAUUGAAGGGUUAAAACCUUA